AUGGCAGUACAAUUACCCAGCCAGCAUUCAGAGCUUUUCCGAAUCAAAGAGUUUUUGAUAGCUAAUAAUCCAGCAAAGAUUAACAAUGAAAACAAAGAUCCUAUUCUAACCGCAAUUGAGCAGGAUUUCAGGUAUCUAAUCCAAUAUAUUAAGGACGGGCUACCAAAUUUAAGUGAUUCCGAAAGGUUAAUAUUUCCAGACACAUUUUCAAUCUGUUUGUUAAGAAGUUAUCAAAUAAUUACAAGCAAAAAAAUCGAUUCUCAAAGAUAUUUAUCGGCUGUAAAGAAGGACCUUUUAACUGCCACAAAUGCAAAUAUUAUCUUUGAGUAUGUGCUUGAUUUUUGGGCUGAUGGCGGAGCACCACUGAUGAAUGCAUUGAGAGAUUUGUUUGGUAAGCUACUGAAUCUGUUGAAAAUUAUAUACCCUAUGUCUGUCCUGAAGGACAUUCUAUUCAAUUGGAUGAAUGAAAUUCUAGAAGUACCUUCUACGUUACGCGUUCAAUAUUACUUAAUUGAUGCGCUUUCUUCUGACUUUGAUCUCUACUAUAUUUUAGAAAAAAAGCCAAAUUUCAUUGAUGAUUCCUUUUCUUUGAUGGGUUCCGAUUUAUUAGCAAAUCCUGUUGGUAAAUGUAUUGUCAGCUUAUUGUUAAACAUUUACAAAAAGCAUUUUGAACAAAGCGAAGAUUCUGCGGAAGAGUGGAUACAAUUGUGGAAAGCUUCAGCCAUGAAAUUCAUCCAUGACAGCCAAUAUACCAAAUCAAUAAAUCUGUAUGUUAUGAUUCCAUUAUUCAAAAAUAUGCCAAAUACGGCUUUCAUCCGUUUCCUCGAAAGUGUACCUGAUAAGGAUCCAUCACUGCUGCUUUCACUACUAAAAAUCGGCCAGGAACUGGGAAUCGAAGAAGAGCCAUUCCAUGAUGACAAGUAUGCUACUAUAGAUUCCAUUGAUGAACUUGUAGAGCAAGAUGAAUUUAAACUCCAAGUAUUCGAAAUACUGACCUUUUCAUCAAAAAAAUCGAAGCCUAUCCAUCCCUUCGUGUUUAAAGUCAUCAAACAGUAUUUAAACGUAUUCCUUGUCGAUACUGAGGUUGAACGGAGAAAUUCCUUUUGCAGUUGUAUGAAAAACUUCAUAUUCAGGAUUAGAGACUGUACGUACUCUUUGUAUAGAGAUGCUAGAAAGCUUAAGAAGGCUGUGAAAUUUCCCGACGAGCAGAAGGAAAAAUUGGCGCAAGUUGAGGAGGCCCGAGUCUUUUUGACUUGGCUAUGUGAUUCCAUCAAACACCAAUUGGCACCAGGUACUUUAUAUCAAGCAACUGUGAGCUCCUUAAAACUUUUGCAUAUUUUGAUUAGGUCUGGUGUCGAUAAAUCUACUCCGCAACAGUUUUUAGAUAACCAAAACAAAAGAGAAUACCCAUUUUCUAUCUCCAUCUUACAAGACUUCACAUUUUUGAGAUUGCUUAUUGAUCUUUUAGUCAAUAAUUAUGCUGACGUUCGUGAACUAUCCAAAGAAAUGUUAUAUAUUAUGAUUAGCGCUGAUAAAUCCAAACAUUUCUUGAACACAUUGGAUAUAAAAUCUCUGAAGGUAAAUGCUAACUCACUUUUAGACAAUUACGAAAGAGGCGAUGCGGGAGCCACGGUAUAUGGGUUCAUAUUCACAGUUAUGGGUUCACAAGGAGGUUUCGUUGACAACACCAUCGAGGUAUUAUCGCAGAUGAUACAAGAUCUGCAAAAUGACAGCAUUGGUUGUGCAAAAAAUUCAAUUGGCGCACACUUUGCUGCACUACGCUUGAUUUUGAGUGGGUAUAAUUUUGAAGAAUGCCGCCAAGAUGCUGCAAAUAUAGUCUCAAAAUCAAUAGAUCUUGUGUUCAAAAACUGGGAGGCCACAAAAAAUGUAGUGUGCCAUGAUUCAGCAAGGGGAAUAUUGCCCGAAAUGUUUGUCGAUUGCGGGAUUCCGGAUCAAGUGAUAAUUAGCCAUGCAUUUAGAGCAAUUAAAGAAGCAUCAUGUUUGAUUGAAACUAUACUAAAAAGAUUCCCCUUGACAAGUAAUCAGCUAAAUCGUAUCGGCAACUUCCUUACUGUUCAGCUUUCUAACAUUCGUCAUAGCGGUGCCUUUCAAGCCGUUCUACCAGGUCUGAAAACAUAUUGUCUUCGUUGCCAGGUUGAAUCUCCCGUUAUCUUGGAGGAUCUUUUGAACAAGAGCAUAAAAUCUCUAGAAUCUAGAAAUCAACAUAUUACAAGAAGAUCUGGAGGCUUGCCUUUUUUGAUUACAACCGUCUUGAGCGCGGAAAUAACCAAGGGAAGACCUUUGUUGCAAAAAACAUUCGAAGAACUACUCUUGGUUGCAAAACUACCGGUUCCUCCCCAUCAGGAUAAGUUUGAUCUACCACAGGUUAAUGCUAUCAAUUGUAUAAACGCAAUUUUUGUUGAGCCCAAGCUGUCUGAACAUUGCACACCACUUGUUUCUGACGCAUUAAAAAUAGCCUUAUUUUAUUUUGACUGCGAUAUAUGGGCUUUGAGGAAUUGCUCAAUCAUGUUGUUCACUUCCUUACAAAACAGAAUUUUUGGAAAAGUGGGUAGAAGCGUCAGUGCAAAGUUAUUUUUCACUAAAUAUGCCGGCUUGAGAAAUCUGCUUUUAGAUAUUUUGAGCAUUUCUGUUGCUCAAAAUUCUAAUGGGGAAAUAAAAAUGUAUGAAGUUGAAAGUAUUUUCUUGGUCCUUAAUGUGCUACUUAGAUUGCGGCCCACACCCGGUUAUACUGGUCUAAACGAAUUUGGUAGUUUGAUUUACAAAUUUUUAGCCAACGACAAUUGGAAGAUCAGAGACAUGGCAUCUAGAGUAUUGAAUUCACUAUCCGAAGAUCUGAAAGAAGAGACAAGAGAAUUACUUGAUUUGGCUUCUAUUCACAAGCAGAAUCAGUUACAUGGACACUUGCUAGCGCUUCAACAAAUGGCGCCACGAUACCUCACAGAUAACACUGAUAUCGAAUUAGUUCAAAGCAUAUUUGGAAGAAAGAAAGAGUUUUUACUAGAGAACGAAUGCAUCAUUACCAAGACGGCCUUCUUAGAAUUAACGUGUACUAUACUAGAAAAGAAGUGUAUUGUACCUAAACCAACCUUGCAAGACUAUAUCAGAACUUUAGGAAAUAUAUUUAUCGUCGAAAAUAAUGAGUUCGUGGUCAGCGGUAGUAAACAGCUGUACCUUUCCAAAAUUUUACACAUCCUCUUAAAAUAUGAGAAUAGUAUACACUUCCAUGAUAUUUAUUUAUUGGGAUUGUGCUCACCAUUUUAUGAAGUUCAAAUCGGAACACUACAGCAUAUGGACAAUAACUUUGACUGGGAUACUACGAGAAGCUCAGAGUUUUUCGAGCAACUACAAUCAUUAUUAACAGUUGGAGACCUAUUGCCUAUGACUAAAGCUUUAGUUGUAAAAAUUCUUUCCAGAAAGCAAGGUGCCUUAUCAUUAGCCAAUUGUACCGAUCUCAUUAAGGAGGAUAAUGAUGAGGGGACAAAACUUUCUGCUGUUCGAUCGCUGAGCGCCCAUUUGUCUUCAGAGACAUUUCAGCAAAUAUGGAGUUUGAUGCAAGAUUCGUUUUCCGAUUCUUCCUCCAAAGAUUUCAGACUAGCAUCUUUGGAGUGUUUGAUUGCUUAUCCGGAAAGUUAUAGAAACAUCAAAGUGUUGUUGCAAUUGUAUAACUUUCUAUGGGACGAUGAUUCGGAAAUAAGAAAAAAGGCUUCAUUCUAUUUGAACAAAAACUUUCUACAAGCUGUAAGCUGGGAAUGUAACAAAAACACCGGUGUAACCGCUCUUACCUUUACAAAAAAGAUCGUAGACAUUUUUGCAGGCCCUGAUAUAAUAGAAGAAUUGUGCUCACAACUGUUUCAAUACCUCAAUGAAUGCGAUAUAUUUGUUGCCAGAAAAUCAACGGCAAAUAUUCUUUUUACUAAAGAAAAGGAUAACCAGUUCAUUGAUGAACUUCAAAAGGCAAUGCAUCUGCUAGAUAUGAUAGAAAGAAGUACCGAGAAUAUUCCCACGCGCUAUAAGGACGAGAUAUCUCACUUAAAGGAUGCCCUAUUACAGUAUUUUAGCAGCGAGAACUUCAAAGACUGUCCCCUUGGCUGGUGUUCAAAUACUGAGGUGUUUUCAAGGAUAACAGUCUUGAAAGCAUUAAUUCAAUGCUAUUUUCCUUCUGAGUAUGACGGCUUUAUUGAAGAACUGACCAGACAUCGCGUUCAUCCCUUGAUCAUCGAUUAUCCCCAUUAG